UGUUUCUGAAAAAUCCAUUAUAAAUACAGACCCUAACUCUCUUUUCCGUUGCUGACUCAAAUCUCCAAACUCCGAGAAAAUCUCCAAAUUCCUAAGUUUGUUUUUUUUAUAUCUAUUCCUCACAAAUUCGUCAAUUUCCAACGAACCCACAAGAUAAAAUAUUUAUCCUUUUUUCCUCGUUGGGAUCGAUCACACACACACAACAUCUGAAAUCUGAGAUCUUUAACAUCAAUGGCGUCGUCUUCAAGCCUGACUCGAUCGGGAAGCGUUCACCUAGAUGAGAAGUGGAAACUGUCGAAGAAAGACGGCGGCGCGUCGAGAAUCACGCGCUCUUCAUCGACCUCAUCUUCUUCCUUCAACGGCAAGAAACAGGGGAGAUGUGCUUUUACGAGAAAGUGUGCAAGAUUGGUUAAAGAACAGAGAGCUCGUUUCUAUAUCAUGCGUAGAUGCGUUAUCAUGCUUAUUUGCUGGAGAGAUAAUUACUCUGAUUCUUAAAAAAAACAAAAUACUAAAUCUCUCUCUCUUUCUGAAACCGAAGUAGAUAGAUAUAAUACAUGUACAUAAGGGUUCUGUUUUCUUUUGUUGUGUACUUCUUUAGAUGAAUUUUAGAUUUUGUUUACCAUUCUGGUUAGAGAAGCUUUGUUUAAGAUCAGUUUCAGCGUGAAGGAAAAAAAAAUAAGAACAGACAAAUUGUAAAAUAAGUUAAUAAGUAUAAAAUAGUGAAUUAGAUUCGUCUUUCGACU